AGCAUUACAUUUCUAAAUAAAGUUUUUAUAUAUAUAAAAACAUGUUAAGAAACGUUUCUGGUCAUCAUUAUGUCUGUGGCAGCAGGAAAAAGACACACAGGCCUGCAAACCUUAUAAACAACUAUCAACAUCACACUUUAAUUCUCGAAAUAUCCAGUCAACUCUUACACGCAUUAAAACAGCUCUUGAUAAAAAUAUUGUCUUUGGAUAGCUAUAUACAGUAUAUUGCACAUGUAUGUACAGACAACUUGCAAGCAAAUCAUUAGUGAGGCUUUCUGUGAAAUCAACACUAAAGUCUCUUAAUUAUAAGAUUUAAAGUUUAAUUUCAAUCAUUAAUUUUACUAUGAUUUCAAUCUUUGACAUGGCCUUUGUCAUUUUUAAAGAUAUCAAUGUUAUAUUUUCACAGAAUAUUUUAUGCAUUAUGAUUAUUUUUUUCUAUAAAGUAAUUUUAAAAAAUUACAUUAGCUUGGUUUUCAAUGGCUGGACCAUAUUUAUGUACAUGGUCCACAGUGUCUGUCUUGGCACACUUGUAUCAUUCUUUGGCCUUCCUCUAGUUUGUUCAUUUGAAAGUAAAAUCAGGAAUUACAAUAGCCCCAUGUCCUAAACCAGACAUUACACAAGAACAAAAAACAGCAUGGAUUAUAUCUCAUUUUGUCUCAAACAUUUAAGUGUUUAAACAUAAUUUUUAUCCAGUUUGUUUGAAGUCAGAUCGCACCUUGCAGGUCGCUGGUACAUCUUUAUUGCUGUGGUUCUUCUCCACAGACCGAGGAUUUACUCUGAGAGAAACAAUGCAAGAGAAUCUUGGCCAAAAAGAACAAUGAGGUUCUAGAAUGAACAUAAUCAGCUUUCAUUUUCAUAGUCAGCUUACAUCAUUUAUUUCUUUUUUAAAUGAUAGUCAGUUAGUUACCGUGUGUUUAGUUUCUAACUAUGGACCAAAGAAACAGGAAAAUAAAAGUGCAGGGAAAAAUGCUAUGGGGCUUGUAAAAUGCUUUCCUGCAAAUAAAAAUUAAAUAUUUGAUAAAAUCAGCAAAAGACACGGAUGUCAUCCACUGGCCUGUUCCUGGACUGUAAGAUCAAAGAAUGUAGAUUUAUUGUAUUAAGUUUACACUUUGAAAUAAAAGAACAUGUGAUGAUAUAUGGAAAGGGCCCUGCACAGAAUACCUGAAUAAGCACACAAUUAAAGAUCACAUAACGUCUUAAUAUAAUAUUUUAAGUGCGUGAAUUAUGCAAUGGAUUUGAGUGGAUCAAGUUUCUAAAGGGUUUUGUUGUACAUAUCACAUGCAGGCCCUCAACUGCAGGCAAGACUGAUAGCCAAACUGAAAAAAACCUAAUGUAAACUAUUCUCACGGGACAUGAUGGUCGGAAUACAUCGUCUUGGUCAAAUUUCAGUCCCAAGAGACGGACGCUCGUCUACUUAAGCAGUCGUAAAACCCGUCUCUUCCAUCCACAAGACGCAUUACAAUGCUCGCGUUAAACCUCACCGUUCCUCUCUCAGUUGACUUUACGCGUCCUGAAGAUUAUCUGAUAUUUAUUUUUCACAUCCUGUUCGCCACGAGUUCGGCUCUCCUAGCCGGUUCUGUGGUCAUCGGCAUCGUGCGCACCAGAGCCCUGCGCUCUCAGAACCGCUUCAUCUUCAUGUUAAACACCAGCAUCAGUGACACAUUAACCGGCUGCUCUGUCUUCUACCUAGGCCUGUUUGAUGUCCAGGAAGGCUAUCCGUCCCGAAACGGCACCCAUUACAUUCUGCCAUCAUUUCUAGGGGUGAACGUGUUGACUUUUGUGUUUGCGCAGUUUGACAGAUACCUGGCCGUGUGCUACCCCUUUUUCUACAAGCGUCACGUCACGCGUGGGGUCGUGAUCGGCGUCUGCGCGCUGUGCUGGGUUUAUACGUAUUCGAUUCUGACCGUUCAAAGCGUCGUGCCGGUAGCGUCUGCCGCUCAAAUCAACGCGUUUGGGGUGAUAGUCCUGCAGGCGAUCGUGGCCGUCAAAGUUCUGAUGACCAUCAAACUGUACAUGAUCGCCAGACAUCAGCUAAGCCGAGAGGCGCCCAGCAGCGAGAAGGAAAGCAAGAAAGAGUCACUGCGCAUUAUUGUUUUUGUGGUCAUUUGUUUUCUCGUUUUGUGGUCUCCGUCCUUUAUAAACAUCUCAGUGAAAUAUGUGACCAAGACCGGAAUGAAGUUUAGAAAUGAAGCCACGAAUCUGUUCGCAAUCAUGGCGCGCUUUAACGCGCUCAGCACGCCGGCGCUGUACAUUUGGGGAAGCCCGGCGUUAUGCGCGGCGGUGUGGAACUCCGUGUGGAGCAAAGCAUUCAAAAGAAGAAAAACUAGGGUGGACUCCACGAAGAAGGGAGGAGGACAAAUCCUCAGCAUCGCACAGCAAUGUGGGCCUACCUGAGCAACACAAAAACUUAAACUACCUUCUUGAUUACCCUAAAAUUAGAGUUGUCAGAAUAAUUUCAUUCUGAAAGGCUUUCAGAUCUUUUGGAUGUCAAGCAUUGUUGACAUUCAGUAACCUCGUUUAUUGAUUUUCUGCGCUUUAAAUUCUUUGGCUUCUCAAAGUCUUAUUUUCAGGAAGUGAAUUUGUUUUAGAAAAAAACUUUUAAGAGUGCUGUGUACGGUCGUUGUCAGUGGGCUAAGAUUUGUGCCAACUCAAGAGGCUUUCUUCAAGCUGGUUACCCGUUUUAACUUGUACAACCCUUCAGAAGUUAUUUGCUUUAUGUCGUGAGGUAACAGCUGUUAACUAAGAAAUUGGCUCCAAUCCUGUGAUUCAAACAGGAGCGCGUGCUAACAGACAGCGCUGGAUGGAUUCAACGACGAAAAGUAAGAACUGUAACACAUUUAAAUUUAAUUUAACACUAAUUUAAUUUAGAUUCUAAUGAAACAAAUAAAUCGUCAUCUGAAAAAAACCCUCAGCUGACAGAUUAAGGUACUGAAGGGGAAUUUUGGUUAAAUAUGUACACCUGCCCUGAUCUGUAACAACAAAAUAUAUUCAUCAUAUUUAAGAGUUUUACGUGUAGCAUCAAAAUAAUCU